UUUUCUGUAGACAGUCAACGUUCAGUCGUGGGAAGAAACAGUCGCCUGUUAUAUGUGCAUACAAUUGCUUAUAAUCAGUGUUUAAAAUAAAUAGUAAUAACAGAAAAGAACAAUGAAUAGCGGUGUGUUGGAAGAGUCUUUACUGAUGGGUACUUCGGUGACGCGUGAGAAAAUGGAAAAAUGGUCCGCGGCACAGGCAAAGGGAGAGAAGGUUGAGAUCGACGUGUAUGGAAAACCCACAGACGAACAGAUAAAGGAGUUAGAGAAAGUCAGGAACCUUAGCAAAGAGUUACAAAGCAAUAUACACGAUUUGGAGAACUCUGUUCGUAACGCUGCCUUAGACAAUGAAGCAAUGACACCGACCGCUCCGAUUCUAAACUAUUCAGAGGAUCAUGAGUUUGUGUCUGCUAACAAGCUGGAUGAUUACUACGCAGAGGAAGACAGAGCGGACGCACUAGAGGAAGAGAAGAGGAAACUGACAAAGGGUAAAGCGGCAAUGACCGAUAUACAAAACUUUUAUAAAGAUCAGUGUGUGUUUUUGACUGGUGGUACUGGAUUUUUGGGUAAAGUUUUAAUAGAGAAAUUGCUACGUUCAUGUAAAGAAAUAGACACAAUUUAUGUAUUGAUUAGAGCGAAAAAGGGCAAAGAUGCUGCUUCUCGUCUACAUACCCUUUUAGAUGAUUUUCUAUUCCAUAGAGCUCAUGAAGAAAAUCCGAAGGGUAUACAUAAAUUGGUGCCUAUAGUCGGAGAUAUGGAACUACCCGGACUUGGACUUUCUGAUGAAGAUAGAAAGACACUUACUUCCAAGGUUUCUAUAAUAAUAAAUUCUGCAGCCACAGUAAAGUUUGACGAGCAAUUGUCGAUUUCUACCGGUAUUAAUGUUAGAGGAACAAAAGAGGUGCUCAAACUUGGCAAAGAAUGUCGAAACCUAAAGGCGAUUACACACGUGUCUACCGCUUUCUCCAACACAUAUCUCAAACAUAUAGAAGAAAAGUUCUACGAACCCCCAAUGACGGUCGAGGCGUUAGAAGCCGUCUCGCAACUAGACGAAGGAUUAAUAGAGAAAAUUUUACCCACACUUCUAGGCAAAUAUCCAAACACGUAUUGUUUUACGAAGGCUAUAGCUGAGGAAGCGGUACGAAAAUACGGAGAAGGAAUGCCGAUAUGCAUUGUUCGACCUUCUAUAAUUCUGUCAACCUAUGAAGAGCCGGUGCGUGGUUGGACGGAUAGCGUAUAUGGACCUACGGGUCUCAUUAUUGGUAUUGGAACAGGGGUUCUUCGCACAAUGUACAUGGACAUGAAUAAGGUAGCAGACAUGGUGCCAGUGGAUUUGACUGUCAACGCCAUACUAGCUUCCGCUUAUAAUACGGCUAAACAUUUUAAGGAAAAUCAAACCUCUGACAUACCUAUCUAUAACUUCGUAUCCGGCGCUCAGAAUCCAGUAAAAUGGGAAACUUUUAUAGAACUAAACAGAAAACACGGCAUGGAUAAACCUACUAUGAAAGCUGUUUGGUACUACGGACUGAAUCUAACGAGUAAUUACUACAUGUUCCUCUUCUACAAUUUCUUCUUGCAUUACCUUCCGGCGUUGUUCCUGGAUUUAUACUGCCUGCUAACUUUUAAGCGGAGAGUAAUGAUGAAACUGUACAAGAAAGUGAUGAAGAUGGCCAAUAUAUUAUUCUACUUCUCAAUGCAAGACUGGCGCUUCUCUGAUGACAACGUGCGACAAAUGUGGCGCUCACUAUCCCCCUCUGACAGGGUCGUCUUCCCCUUCAGUAUGGCAGAAAUGUCCUGGGAUUAUAUGACUGAGACGUUCUUACUAGGGAUUCGAGUUUAUCUAGUUAAAGACGACGUUUCAACUUUACCUGAAGCUAGGAAAAAAUGGAACAGAUUAUACUACAUGCACCAGCUUCUGAGAUUAGGCACACUAUGUCUCGUUCUUUAUUUAGGAUAUUCGUUAUUACGAAUUUUCUUAUAGAUCAUAAAAAUAAAUGAAACACGGUGGCUCUGUAUUUGGGCGAAGUAGUGAAUAGUGGAAAUGUUUAACAUAAGACAAAAGAAAAGCCUCUUUUCAGUCGGACAAUGAUAGAGAUUAAUUUGAAACCUACAGGAGAUUAAAGAAAGGAGAUUAGACGUAUCUAGAUAUAAACUAAAUACCCACAAUUUAUACCUACCUGAUAGGCGGGCAUAAAUGUAACCAUUAUAGUUUUUUUAUUGUUAAAAAUAAAAAUUCGGCUAUCAGGUAUCUUAUCUAGUUGGGAGCAGGGCCUACAUUUUUUUAUUGUUUCAAAAUGUCAUAAAACGAAAAAUGUGUGAUAAAAAUAAAAAACAAAUGUUAACACAUAGUUUAAGUGUGUAGUGUUUAUUUUAUUUAAGCUAUGGUUCAUGAAUUAUGAUCAUUAUUUUAUUAGGUAAAUAAUUAAUUUGUUAAUGUUUGCUCAAUUAAUAGGAAAUUUAGGUUAAAUAUACAUACAUUUAUCUCAUGAACCUUGUAAGUUUAUUGAUUUUGCCAACAUGAUAAGCCUAUAACUAUUCUUUUAACUUAAAAUUACCUAAAAAAAACUGCAGACUAGACAUUGUUUUCUAUCACCUCAGGUACCGUUAUGUCUUAAUGAUAUAAUUAAAGUAUUACACUUUUUGAUUAAAGUACUUUUCACU